AUGGGACUCGGGGCGUUCCCGGCCUUUCCGAAACGCAGCCGAGAGGUUCCGGAAACUCCCGAACCGUCCUCGGGACGCAGCCUGUCCAGCCGGGGCCCGUUUGGCGGAAUGAGCCGACGGUGGGCGGCCUCCGCGGCGCGCGCAGAACGGAAGCGGAAACGCGUGUGCCGUAUUAAAGGCGUCGCCCCGCCCUCCGCAGACCUCUUUCCGUCUCCGGCCGCGCUCGUCGCCGUCCCUGACAUCUCUUCGUUCCAGGAGCCCAAUAACCUGAAAGCCCGCAACUCCUUCCGCUACAACGGGCUGAUACACCGCAAGACGGUGGGUGUCGAGCCCGCUGCCGACGGCAAGGGGGUUGUGGUGGUCCUGAAGCGGAGAACAGGCCAGCGGAAGCCUGCCACCUCCUAUGUUCGGACCACCAUUAACAAGAACGCCCGGGCCACACUCAGCAGCAUCCGGCACAUGAUCCGCAAGAACAAGUACCGCCCUGACCUUCGCAUGGCUGCUAUCCGCAGAGCCAGCGCCAUCCUACGCAGCCAGAAGCCUGUGAUGGUGAAGAGGAAGCGGACUCGCCCCACCAAGAGCUCCUGAGCACCCCUGGCCCAGAGCAAUAAAGAGAUCUACCCUCCA